CGUAUCUUGGUAGUUGAGUGUUUAUGGCCUUAUAUCAGUCAAUGAGGUAUAAUAAAUUUUUUGUUCGGAGUGAAUGAAAUCAACUUAAUAUAUACCCGAAAAAGGUAAAUCUUCAGUAAAAUUAUUUCAAUUUCCGAAAAAUCUUGAUUUGGGUUAUCAAUUCGACGAUUUGAGGACGAGUUACCUUUAGAAAAAUAUUAAGUGCCCACAAUCUUUAAAAAAAUAGUAAAGGAAUGGGCAACACAGUUUUUGCAGCAGAGGUAAAUAGCCACAUUAUAUCCAAAUCGGAUUCCAACAAAUAUGCAAACAUACCUCCCGAAUGUCCAAUGCAUCAGAAGGCUAACCAAGACCCAAACGCAGACGUAAAGUCUUCUUCCGAAUUAAAAUUGAACGAUGGAGACAAUGAUGUAAAUCCCCUUAAUAUGAUGCCAUCAGCAAAUCAAAAGCCGGCACCUGACCAACCUUUUCCUUUGCCCACUGACCGUCAAACAUCCAGCAUUCCAAAAGUUACGCCCGAUGGCCACGUCGAAUUUUGGCAAUAUCCCAGUCAACAGAUGUUUUGGAAUGCUAUGCUCCGUAAAGGUUGGCGUUGGAAGAAUGAAGAUGUAAGCCAAAAGGACAUGGGUGAUAUAAUUAAAAUUCAUAAUGCAAAUAAUGAGCAAGCUUGGAAAGAAGUCUUGAAAUGGGAGGCACUUCAUGCUAAAGAGUGUCGAAAUCCAAAGCUUAGGAGUUUUGGAGGAAAAGCAACUGAUUAUAGCCCUCGAGCACGAUUUCGUUCUUUGCUAGGCUAUGAACUUCCAUUUGAUCGACAUGAUUGGAUUGUAGACAGAUGUGGCACCGAUGUUCGUUACGUUAUUGAUUAUUACGACGGUGGUUUAGUAGACAGUGAGUACAAAUUUGCCAUAUUGGACGUGCGCCCGGCCAUGGAUUCGCUAGAUAAUGUAUGGGAUCGAAUGAGAAUGGCAUACAUGCGAUGGAAAUUUGAACUGACGGAUAAAAUAAAAGGCUAAAUUGACUAGUGAUCUGAUAUCAAAGUAUUGUAAAAGUAAAAACUAUCAAUUUAAUUAUUGAAUAAUUGGACAUUUUUCAAAGAUAACUGAAUAAUUCGCAUUUUGUUAUGUGUUCCGUUCAACCAAUACAAGUUAAAAAGAAUAUUUUUAAGAGAUAAAUGAGAUUUAAUAUUUUAUUAAACCAAAAACGCAAGAAAACUUAUUUUAUUAAUGAAAAUCGUAAGAAUAGUUUUUCUUCAUUUAAUAAUACUAUAGGGGGAGAGUUUUAAAAUCCCACUUUUUAAAAUACGGAUUUUUUAAAAUUGCGCUUAUUAAAAACCCCGACCAAUUAGAAUUCAGCUAUUCCGUCACUUCCCGACAAUGUCGUCUUUUUUACAAAAUACGUGCAUUAAACAAAAUUACUCUAGGAGUCAAAUGUUUGAAUGUUAAAUUAAGAAGCAUAUCGAAAUCUCGCUUUUUUAAAUCCAAGUAAAAUUGGGUUUUUUGGGUCUUGUAGCCUACAGUAUACAGUUAAAGUAAAAUAAUUACGAAAACAAUAUAAUUUCUUUAUUGAUUUUUGUUUGUUUUAUGUUUUGUUUUAAAGGAAUUCUAGGUACCUACUUUACUUUUUUUGAUAACUUACAUUUGUUAAAGGUUACAAUAAAAUGAAUUUAGUCACA